UUUAGCCUUGUUGACUUGUGAACUGAAUGUUAUUCAUGAGAGUUCUUGACUUGGUCUUGUGUUAUAUUGGUUGAAUUAGUGUUGUUUAUCAUGGCUUGAGAUAUGGGGGCGGUUUUGUGCUGAUUAAGGUCACAUGUUUUGAUGUUUAUCAUGGCUUUGUUGAUUUUUUUUUUUUAAACAGAGAUUUAGAGGAGGGGUAGAAUUCGAACCCACGAUUUAAUGAGUGGAUGAUCCUUUAUAUGCAAUGUGAUUUUCGUUCUACGGCUCACUUACCGCCUUUGUUUUAUCUUCUUAAAUUUUGUUUAAACAUGGAGAAUCGCACUUCACAAUCACACUUCGUUAUCUAUAUGUUUAUUCUGAAUAAUUAAUUGGAAUUAACUGUGGUGCCAUCCUUGUCGGACAUGAAUAUUUCACACGUAUUCAAAUAUGCGUGGAGGAAAACAGGACAAGACGGUAACUGUUCUUGCUCAUGUUUUUAUUCUUUUAUAAUAUUAAUAAUUAAACAACUCAUUUUAUAUGUUGCUUUGUUGAUUUUAUAUGUUGUGAGAACCGGGGGAGGUCUUAUUGUGUCCAGCGGUUGUAACGCGCAUCAAGUGCUCGACGAAAUGUCUGAACAGCCAAUCACGUAAUCAAAAGUUGCUGUCAGUCAGAAUAAUUUAUAGUCUCACCUGAUCCGACACCAUGAUCAUAUCUACGAAUUCAAACAUAGACAAAUGUGGCGCCAUGCAUGUACAAAAACUAGAUAUGGCAUCUUCCUCUGUUCUUCUUCAGUUGAGAUGCUCUGCUUCUCUGCACAUGUGCCUCAUUCGGUCUCCAUCAACUUCACUGUCUAGGAAAAGGGCUUGCUGCGGGUGCGUCUGACCUUGUUUCCCUGUUGAUGAUCACCUGCUCUGCUCAGAAGCCUUCAUUCUCCAGCAAGUUUGAUCACUUAGUUGAGAGUACCAGACUCUCCUCUGUAUCCCAUCCAUUUAUGAGAGAGUUGCAAAGGCUUCAGUUGCAAGUUGACAUUCCCAAAAUCAUGAAAACAACUGGCAUAAAACUAGUGGAUGCCUUUGUUGAUUCAGUGUUUGAGUUUGUAGACCAGACACUCCUCCCCUCUCAGAGUAACUUUGCACCAGUUGAUCAGGAACUCAAAGAAGCUGUUAUCAUCGCUGCCAGCAAUAUUGAAGGGAGGAUUCCAGAUAGUUUCUCGGAGGGUGUCUACAUCAGAAAUGGAGCAAACCCUCUUUUUGGAGGGUUAAAAUCAACAAGUUCCAUGUUUGGAAGGUCAAGUCAUGUAUGGGUUGAGGGGGAAGGAAUGCUUCAUGCUCUGUAUUUUGAUAAACGCAGUGAUGGGACCUGGGCUAUCCUCUAUAACAACAGACAUGUUGAAACUGAAACAUACAGGCUAGAGAAACAAAGAAACAAACCAUCUUUUAUUCCAGCCACAGAAGGCGAUUCACUGGCUGUUGUGUCAGCAUACGUGCUUAAUUUUUUGAGAUUUGGGAAAGUGAACAAAGACUUGAGCAACACCAAUGUUUUUGAGCAUGCAGGGAACUUCUACUCAAUUGCAGAAAAUUAUGUCCCUCAAAUGAUUGAUAUCUUUACGCUAGAAUAUUUAGGGGAUUGGAAUAUCAAUGGAUCUUGGAAUCGGCCUUUUACAAGCCACCCAAAGAGAGCUCCUUGUUCUGGGGAGCUGGUUAUAAUUGGUAUUGACGCAACUAAGCCAUUUCUCGAAGUCGGUGUGAUUUCUGCUGAUGGAAAGAUGUUGGUCCAUAAAGUGGAUAUCAAGGUUAAUAGGGGUACCAUUUGCCAUGAUAUAGGGGUUACAGAGAGGUAUAAUGUGAUCUUAGACUUCCCACUAUAUCUGGACAUAAACAGACUUAUGAGGGGAGGCCCAUUGAUAAAGUACAAUAAGGAAGGAUAUGCAAAGAUUGGGGUAAUGCCUCGCCAUGGUGAUGGGGGAUCAGUCAAGUGGUUUGAUGUGGAACCAAAUUGCACAUUUCACAUUCUCAACUGUUUUGAGGAUGAUUCUGAGGUUGUGGUGUGGGGAUGCAGAGCUCAUGAAUCAAUUAUACCAGGACCUGACUUAGGUUUGAACAAGUUCGAAUGGUUUUCGACAAGACUUAAGCCUAUAGAAUCUGGCGGUGUAGAAGAUGAAUCUCUCUUUUCUCGUGCUUAUGAAUGGAGGUUGAACAUGAAAACUGGAGAGGUCAAGGAGAGAUAUCUUACCGGUAUUGAAUUCGCCAUGGACUUUCCAAUGAUCAACGUAGACUUCACUGGACUUAAAAAUAGAUAUGGUUACACUCAAGUUGUUGACUCCAUUGCCAGCUCUGCAUCAGGAUUGCCAAAAUAUGGAGGCCUAGCAAAGCUAUACUUAGAAGAGCAAGAAACUGAAUCUGAAGGUCUCAUAAGGGUGGAGUAUCACCAUUUAGAAGAGCACACUUUUUGCACUGGAGCUGCUUUUGUACCAAAAGAAGGAGGUACUGAAGAAGAUGAUGGUUGGAUUAUCACAUUUGUUCACAAUGAAGACACUAACAUAUCUCAGGCUUAUAUCAUUGACACAAAGAAGUUUACAUGUGAAUCAGUUGCGAAGAUUACACUGCCUUGCAGGGUACCUUAUGGUUUUCACGGUGCUUUCAUGCGACUACCUAAACAAAUUUCACAAGAGUUAUCUUCACGAGUACUGGGUUGAUAAACCAGCUUCACAUCACUCCAUUGUAAACAAUCUCAAUUGUGUGAUACGUGAAUAAUGUAGUUGAGUGGAAGUUACAAAUGAGUAAGUGAUCCUAUAACUAGCCUGUACCCUGGCUGCUUAGAAGGGCUAUCUACUCUCUUUCUUUCUUUCUUUUUUUGUCUUGUCAAUAAUCAGAUAUUGUUGGAACACCCACACCAA